AUGGUAGACGACCUCAACAUAUACGAUGAGAUUGAGAUCGAAGACAUGACCUUCGACAAGAUGCUGCAAAUCUAUCACUACCCCUGUCCCUGUGGCGAUCGCUUCGAAAUCGGAAUUGCAGACCUCCGAGAUGGCGAGGAGAUCGCUGUGUGCCCGAGCUGUAGUUUGAUGAUCAAGGUCAUCUUCGAUCAGGAUGAUCUGCCUGAGGACGAACCAGCGGACAGUACUGCCCCAGCGAUCGCCAUUCAAGCUUAA